GGUAAAUGUGUUUGUGAUGGCAAUGACCAAGACGUUUGCAAUAUUCUUCGUGGUCUUUCAAGAAGAGUUUGAAGGCACUUCAGAGCAAACUGGCUGGAUUGGAUCCAUCAUGUCAGCACUCCGUUUCUCUGCAGGUCCCCUGGCUGCUAUUAUUUGUGACAUACUUGGAGAAAAACCUACCUCCAUUCUCGGGACUUUCCUUGUUUCUGGUGGCUAUCUGGUCAGCAGUUGGGCCACAGGGAUUCCCUUUCUUUGUGUGACUAUGGGACUGUUACCUGGAUUGGGGUCUGCUUUCUUGUACCAAGUAGCUGCUGUGGUAAUUACCAAAUAUUUCAAAAAACGAUUGGGUCUUUCUACAGCGAUUGCCCGUUCUGGAAUGGGACUGACGUUUCUGCUGGCACCCUUUACAAAAUUCCUGAUAGAUCUUUAUGACUGGACAGGUGCUCUUAUAUUAUUUGGAGCUAUUGCAUUGAAUUUGGUGCCUUCCAGCAUGCUCUUAAGACCCAUCCACACCGAAACAGUGAACAAUUCUGAUAUCAAAAACAAAGGUAUCAGUUUGUCUGCAACUGGAUCCGAGGCAACAGACAGGACAGAAACAUCAUACUGCAAUGAGACACAAGAGUCUUCUAUCCAAGGCAUUUCUAUGAAGAAAUCUGAACAACCGAAUAAAAAUUUAACUGUCUUAGAACAUCAAAGUGAAGAGUUCGGCAAUAGACCUCACAGGAACAGACUGUCACUUAUGAGCAAUGACAAAAGUUACCAAAAAAAGUUUGUUUCAUGGAAAUGUAAACAAAAUCUUUUAGAUAUUUCUCUCUUUAGGAAUCCUUUUUUCUAUAUAUUUACCUGGUCUUUUCUCCUCAGCCAAUUAGCCUAUUUCGUUCCUACUUUUCACCUAGUAGCCAGAGCCAAAACACUUGGGAUUGACGUAAUGGAUGCCUCCUACCUUGUAUCUGUAGCUGGUAUCACUGAGACAGUCAGUCAGCUUAUUUCUGGAUGGAUUGCUGAUCAAAACUGGAUCAAGAAGUAUCAAUACCAUAAGUUUUACCUCAUUCUAUGUGGUGUAACUAACCUGCUUGCUCCUUUAGCCACCACAUUCCCACUCCUUAUGGCCUAUACCAUCUUUUUUGCCAUUUUUGCUGGUGGCUACCUGGCACUGAUACUCCCAGUACUGGUUGAUCUGUCUAAGAAUUCAAGAGUGCACAAGUUUUUGGGAUAUGCCAGUUUCUUUGCUGGAAUGGCUGUCCUUUCUGGACCACCAAUAGCAGGCUGGCUAUAUGACUACACACAGACAUACACAGGCUCUUUCUACUUCUCCGGCACCUGCUACCUCCUCUCUUCAGUCUCACUUUUCUUUGUACCGCUGGCUGAAAGAUGGAAAAGCCAACAGCCUGACCUUCCAAGGACUACAAUCAAGUGA